AUGGCUGCGAAGGAGUCGAAUGCUACGACCAUCGCCGAAUUUGAGCAGUACGUCGCCGAGCAGAAUCGUCUGCAUCUCGAAGCCAUGGAGGCACUACACGACAAAGAAUACGAGUUAAUGCAAGAAUUAGACGAAAAGCGCACCAGGAACAAGAACGCCAGCGAACAAUUAGAAAGGCUUCUGACGCUCACGAAAGCAACAUAUAAGAGGCGCCAAACGAAGCACAAGGUUCCGGAUUUUAUCGUCGAUUAUGCUGGACAACUGAUUACCAAUGCCGUCGUUGCCUUCUGCUCAAACUCGAUUUCGGCGGCGGAGAAAAGAAUCGCGGCAGAACGUCUGGUACAUCUUUUCGAAGCUGUCCAGACCGGCGACCUGGCCCAGGGCGCGGAGCUGAUCGAACUGGACCGAUUGGUAGAAGAAGCUACUCAAGUCCUUGGUGGAGCGAGCAAGCGUUUGGCAAACAUCGAUGUUGAAGAAACUUCUCUAUUCUCCCGGCAUUUGAUGACUUUUCAAAGACCUUCAGUGACUGUUUUGGAACAAGAGAAGUCCAAGGCGAUGCGCGCCCUCGUGGACGAGAUUCUGGAAAGCCGCGGCGCGGAGAUGGCCGAGCCA